AUGGCUCCUACUCUUCGUAUCGGCGUCGACGUUGGCGGUACAAACACUGACGCAUGUCUCAUUGAUCCCUUCGCCACAACUUCGCCAAAUCGCGGAAUCUUAUCAUGGCACAAAUCCGUGACAACGCCCGAUCCUAGCCAUGGUAUCGAGAACGUUAUCAAUGCCCUUAUCAAACAAGCAAACGUUGACGCUGGUAAUAUCGCUAGUAUAACUGUCGGCACUACCCACUUUAUAAAUGCUGUUAUUGAGAAGGAUAGAUCUAGACUUGCACCAGUUGCCGUGCUCCGACUCUGUGGUCCCUUUUCCCGCUCAAUUCCUCCAGGAAUUGAUUGGCCAGCAGAUCUGAGAGAACUUAUAUGUGCUCAUGCCGCGUACCUCGAUGGCGGACUCGAAAUCGAUGGUUCCGUAAUCCGUGACCCAAGCGAGGCUCAAGUUAAAGAGGAAUGCACUCGUAUUCGGUCGCUAGGGAUUCGUAGUAUCGUAGUCAAUGGAAUUUUCUCACCUGCAGAUGUCCUGGGGGAAUGCCAGGAAGAGAAAGUAGGUGAAUGGAUCAAGAGCUAUUAUCCAGAAGCGGACGUUGUCUUGUCAAAAGAAGUGGCCAACCUUGGGUUCAUUGAGCGAGAGAAUGCUGCUAUGCUGAAUGCAUCCAUAUUGCCCUUUGCACGCCAUACGAUUUCCUCUUUCCAAUUCGCCAUAUACCAUCGCCUUAAACUCUCAUGUCCGGUGUUUUUGACCCAGAACGAUGGUACGAUUCUCAAGGCUGAAGAUGCUGCAAGACUCCCUAUCAGGACAUUCAAUAGUGGUCCGACAAAUUCCAUGUGUGGAGCCGCCUUUCUAGUCAAGGAGAAUGUCGAGAAAGAGUGCAUGCUUGUAGUGGAUAUUGGGGGAACCACGACAGAUGUUGGCAUGCUUCUUGCCAGUGGGUUACCCAGACAAGCCUCAGCUUUCACUGAGAUUGCAGGAGUUAGAUUGAACUUUUCCUGCCCGGAUGUCAAAAGUAUUGGUCUUGGCGGAGGGUCUAUUGUCCGCAUUCAAGGGGAUAGCCUCGGAAAACCAACACUCAGCAUCGGUCCCGAGUCGGUAGGCCACCUUAUCAACAAACACGCUAUGGUGUUUGGCGGAGAUGUCCCCACAGCUACAGACUACGCUGUUGCUUCUCAGGAAAACCUCCAGACAUCUAUAGGCACUAGGCAGCUUGCUGUAGACAGACUUAAUCAAGUCGUCGAAAGCAAAGAAUAUACUUUGCCUGAGUUACUGACAGCCUAUCAAACGACUACGAAGCGUAAGCUCGAGGAAGUCAUUGAUCGAAUGAAAACUUCUGCAGAGAAUGUCCCAGUGUUGUUGGUCGGUGGAGGCGCAAUUAUCAUUCAAUCAUAUGCAAACGACGGAAAGGUCACCUUGAAAGGUGCGAGUAAAGUGAUAACGCCUGAGUAUGCUGGCGUUGCAAACGCAAUUGGCGCUGCUAUGGCGCGCGUAUCAGGCAUGGUUGACACUGUCCUCAAUACAGAAGGAAGGACGACACAAUCUGUGCUGCAAGAGGUGUCCAAGACAGCAAUCGAGCGGACUGUAACUGCAGGCGCUGUAUGUGAUACUGUGGAAAUCGCGGAAAUGGACGCAAUUCCGAUUCCGUAUGUAGCAAACAAAUGUCGCGUGAUUGUCAAAGCCGUGGGCGAUUUUGACUUUUCUCGUGUCUCCAACACGACUCUUGCAUCCCUUGGUUUGAAAGUUUCAUCGGUUACGGAGUAUUCAGAAAAGAACAUGUCCACUAAGGCAUCAACAACUUUUGACCCUCCUAGAUCUACCGUCGAUGCCGCCUCAUACAUCCCCACCAUUGUUCCAACAUUAGGCAGGUCCACUACGUCGUCGCUAUCCAAAGAGUCAUCCAACUAUGAAUGGCAUUUAUCUGAAUUAGAUCUAGAGUGGAUCUCCGUUGGAUGUUAUAUUCUGGGUACUGGAGGCGGAGGCACUCCGUAUCCACAUUUCGUGCGUCUACGAGAGAUGAUACGCAGCGGGGCUACGGUUACAAUAGUCGAACCUGGGUGGGUGGGUGAUGAGGAUAUCGUUGCUUGUGGCGGUGCUAAAGGCAGCCCUACGGUAAGCUUGGAGAAACCUCCUGGAAAUGAAAUGAUGGAAGCUCAAGAUAUCGUAUACAAUUACCUUGACGCCAAACCUGCGGCUGUGAUAGCUCUAGAGAUCGGAGGUGGAAAUGGGCUGCAGGGCAAGUACUUGUGCCCAAUUCUCCACACAGGCUUGAUUCUCGGAGCCUCCACUAAUAUGAAUGUACCUACCAUUGACGGGGACUGGAUGGGCCGUGCAUACCCCGUCGCAUGGCAGAUUACACCUGUUGUCUUGGAGGGAGAACGAGCUUUGUUUCUUCCUACUGCCAUCUCGGAUGGCAACGGAAAUCAUAUGUUGAUGCUCUCAGCGACGAGCGAAAGACAGAUUGAACGUGCCUUUCGGGCUGCUCUUUCAGAAAUGGGAAGUCACGUCGGAUGUGCGAAAGGUCCUUGCCUAGGGAAAAAUAUGAAAACCUGGGUCAUCGAAAAUACCAUAUCCCUGUCAUGGCGUAUCGGACGUUCAAUCGCGCUUUGUCGAGCGCGAAAUGAUAUUGACCACGUCGCAGAGGCAAUCAUUGAACAAGUAGGUGGCAAAGAGGCAGCAAAAGUUCUGUUCAAGGGCAAGAUUCUCGAAGUAGAGAGGAAGACUGUCAAAGGCCAUUCUUAUGGUGAAGUUGUGAUCAGUGCUGCCGAUAUAACCGGGAACGUCGCUGGUGUUGCUGGAAAAACUGCAGAAUUCAACGGCAAAAUGAAGAUCCCGUUCAAAAAUGAAAAUAUUGUCGCUAUCGCUAUAUCUGAAUCCGGUGAUGAAGUAGUCGCCUCCGUACCAGACCUUAUUUGCGUUUGUGACGCCUUGACUGGAGAGGCAAUUGGUACACCAGAGUAUCGCUAUGGGCUGCUGGUGUUUGUCCUCGGAAUUCAGGGGUCAGAAAGGUGGACCUCGAGCAUGAGGGGCAUUCAGAUUGGGGGUCCGAGGGCGUUUGGAAUGGAUAUCGAUUACAAACCGCUGGGAAUAUUUGAGAGACCUCGCAGCAUCAUCGAGGAGUACAUGCAUGCUGUUCAUUAG